AGGUGAUAUUUAAGCCGCUGUCCACUCUCUCCUCAUCUUUCUCAUCCAUCUUUCCUUGGCUCUCGCUCAUCUCUCUCUCCCUCCCUCUUCACCAAAGACAAAGGAGGCCCUCCAUCAGCACUAAGUCUCUCCAACGAAACCAACUCAAGAAGAUUCUAAGAUGCCGGACACAAUUAUGUCCAAAGAACCCUCUUCCAACCUGGAGAAUGCAAUGCAGAUGCUGAUCAAAACCUUCCACAAGUACUCGGGGAAGGAGGGGGACAAGUACACUCUGAGCCGUGGAGAGCUGAGAGAGCUGUUAACAGAGGAGCUGGGGAGUUACCUAGGGAAUGCCCGGGAUGGAGAAGGGGUUGAGAAGGUGAUGAAUGACCUGGACGCCAACAGUGACGGUGAGGUGGACUUCACAGAGUUCAUCAUCCUCAUGGGAGCCCUGACGGUGGCCUGCAACGACUUCUUCAUGGAAUAUAAGCCCGAGAAACUCGUCCACACACCCUUCAAAACAAAGGAGGCAACGAUAGAGGAGAUUAAAGAGUGAAGGAAAGAUGGGAGGAGGGAAGGGGGAGGUGGAGGUGAAGGGUGCAACUGUAGAGCAAUAGUGAAAGGGUAUAAUUUAUGGUUGUAUGGUCAUCUUMUGCAAUUUCUAAACAGUGCAACUGCAAUGUGUGAAAAGAGGCUGAGGGAACGCCACUGUGUUAAAGUAAGUAAAGUUUCGCUGACGGACACUUAGACAGGAAAAGCAGUGUUUUCCCUCUGCAACUAUCCAAAUACUUUUCAUACCACAGUUAAGUCACAGGUCAGUUACUCUGUCCWCAAAUCCAUGAAUGGCACUGUAUACCGCAGGGGUCAGCAACAGGCGCCUCGGCGGGCCAAAAUCAGCACGYGAGURAUUUUAUUGGRCCCCCMCCCAAA